GCCCGCGCCGUCGGUGUGGCCAUGGCGGCGGCUAUCGCCAGCUCGCUGAUCCGGCAGAAGCGGCAGGCGCGCGAGUCCAACAGCGAGCGCGUCUCGGCCUCCAAGCGCCGCACCAGCCCCAGCAAAGACGGCCGCUCCCUCUGCGAGAGACACGUCUUGGGCGUCUUCAGCAAGGUCCGCUUCUGCAGCGGCCGCAAGCAGAUCAUGAAGGGGAACCGGGUGAAAAAGACCAAACCAUCUUCACAUUUUGUACCCAAACCCAUAGAAGUGUGCAUGUACAGAGAGCCGUCACUGCAUGAAAUCGGAGAGAAGCAAGGACGCUCCAGGAAAAGCUCGGGGACGCCCACCAUGAAUGGAGGCAAAGUCGUCAACCAGGACUCCACAUAGCUGAGAGGAGAGCCGGCACCCGCCCUGCAUUCGAAUUCUCCCCAGCCCGCCCGCCCGCCAGCCCACCCGGGGAACCCUCACGGAGACAGCAGUCAGAAACAGCCCACGGCAGGAGCCUCUAGUAGCAGCUGAGAUUCUGAACUCAAUCCUUCCCUUCGUGUAGGAUGAGGAGAUCUUGCCUGUUGCGACGUUUUAGAGUACAAACACACAUC